AGCUCCGGUGCGCGUGCGCGUCUGCUCUCUGCACAGCUGCUGCUCGGGCCUGGCUGCCACGGGCCCAGCGGGGAGCCGCUCGCCGCCUGGGCCAUCAGGCCCUUGGUGCUCAUGCACUGGCUCUAGGAUGGCAGCACUGGCCUGGCAACCUGUGUUUUAGGGAGUCACAUCUCACCUGGGCCAGAACCUGGGCAAGCUGCAGCUUGUGGACUCCCAAAAUGGUCUCUGGGGCUCUCCCGCUGCUGCUGCCUCCACUGCUGCUGGGUCUGCUGCUACUGCUGCCACCGCCACUGCCCGGGCUCACAUCCCGUGCUACUGUUUGUCCUGCUGCCUGCCGCUGCUACAGCGCCACGGUGGAGUGCGGCGCCCUGCGGCUGCGCGUCAUCCCACCCGGGAUACCCCCAGGGACACAGACCCUGUUCCUUCAAGACAACAGUAUUGCCCGCCUAGAGCCAAGCACCUUGGCGCAACUCUCUGCCCUGCGACAUCUCUACUUGCACAACAACAGUCUGCGCGCUCUGGAGUCAGGCGCCUUCAGAGCACAGCCGCGACUACUGGAACUGGCACUUACUGGCAACCGGCUCCGCGGCUUGCGAGGCAGUGCAUUUGCAGGUCUGGCCCAAUUGCGAGUACUCUACCUGGCGGGAAACCAGCUGGCGAGGCUGCUGGAUUUCACCUUUUUGCACCUGCCGCGACUACAGGAGCUACAUCUGCAGGAAAACAGCAUUGAACUGCUGGAGAACCAAGCCCUGGCUGGACUCUCUUCUCUUGCCUUGCUAGACCUCAGUAGGAAUCAGCUGGGCACCAUCAGCAGAGAGGCCCUGCAGCCCCUAGCCAGCCUACAAGUUCUGCGCCUUACAGAGAAUCCAUGGCGCUGUGAUUGUGCCCUCCAUUGGUUGGGCACUUGGAUCAAGGAGGGAGGCCAGCGUUUACUCAGCUCCAGAGACAAGAAGAUCACCUGUGCAGAGCCCCCGCGCCUGGCGUUGCAGAGUCUCCUGGAAGUCUCUGGUAGUAGCCUCAUCUGCAUUCCACCCACUGUGCAUAUAGAGCCACUGGAGCUCACAGCCAGUCUGGGGGAGGAUCUGCGGGUGGCCUGUCAGGCGUCUGGCUACCCGCAGCCCCUAGUGACCUGGAGGAAGGUGUUCCAGCCUCGUGAAGGCAGGCCGCAGGCCCAGGCCCGGCCGGAAGGCCGGGCCCCAGGCCUGGGAGGGCCUGGCACUCGAGACACGGGCAGUGGCAUGCUCUUCCUCACCAACAUCACACUGGAGCACGCGGGCAAGUACGAGUGUGAGGCCACGAACGCGGGUGGCAUCGCGCGCAUGCCCUUCCACCUCCUGGUCAAUGCGUCCAAGCAGCGGUCCCUGGAGCCGCCAUCCUCGCCAGUCCCCGUCGCACGCCCUCCAGGGAGCGCAUCUCAGCACGACACGGGCAGCAUGGCCUUCCGCGCCCUGGGCCUGGCCACGCAGACCGCCAUCGCGGCAGCCAUCGCACUCCUGGCGCUCACAGCGCUGCUCCUGGCGGCCAUGAUUUGCCGCCGCCGGCGGCGGAGGAAAAAGGCGCAGGCGCCCCCCGGGGAGGGCGCGCUGUUCGUCAACGACUACUCGGACGGGCCGUGCACUUUCGCGCAGCUGGAGGAGCUCCGCGAUGAGCGGGGGCACGAGAUGUUUGUUAUUGACCGCUCCAAGCCCCUGUUUGCACCGGGGCCCGAAGAGGCGCCCGCUAACUCCGGCCGGACCGAAGGCCCCGCGCCCGGGCUCCGCCUCCCGCCGCGCGUCGCCUACGAGAUCCACUGCUGAGCUCGCGACGCGCGCUGAUGACGUGGGCGCCAGGGAUCGGCUGCCCGGACGGCGCCCAACCGCCUCAGUAAAGGUGGAAGGUGCUCUUGUGCAUAGAGCCGUGUGUUUGGGCGCCUCAUUUGGGAGUGCUGGGGCUGGGAGGGCAGAGGCCAGAGAGGCUCUCAAACCCCAUGGGUGGGCUCCACCGCCCUUUGGGGUCCCCAACCCCUAAAGGAGUUUCUCAGAGUGGGGACAGCAGGGUUGAGCUGUGGCCUUCCUGGGGUGGUUGAGGGGGGUAGAAUCACUGAGGCCAGCUAGAGGGA